AUGUUUCGUACAUUACAAUCACAACCACGUAUUAUCACACUUUUCUGUGGUGAUAUAAGUCGUAAUCGUCCCGCUACAAAUAUUUUGAAUUAUUUACGUGAUAAACAAAAUGAGAAAGUGAUCGAUGUUGAAAUACAUGAUAAGUUUCCUACAAGAGAUCAACUUCAAUACAUGUAUCGAACAGAUUCUAAACUUUUAAGCCAUGAAAUUAAUGGACUUGGUGAUAUAUUAAAAACAGCACCUCAACAAUUACCAUUUGGACAAUCAUUAAUUGAGGCAGCUACUGCAGGAGUAUGGAAUAACGGUGCCUUAUGGGUCGAUUGGGAGAAACAGAAAAUGGGCAAUACUCUGCGGUCUAUCGAGGCCCAUCUAAAAUAA